AGCCCGAGGCGCGGGGUGGGCAGCGGCGGCGGCGGCAGCAGUCUUCGCAGCCGGAGCAGCAGCCGGAGCAGGAGCGGCGAUGGUGCUGCGCGGGCCGGAGGCGUCGAUGCCGGAGGAGAAGGAGGCUCUGGAGGAGGAGGAGGGCGGCGAGGAGGAGGGCGAGGGCGGCGAGGGCGAGGGCGGCGAGUCGCGGGCCGCGGGCUUGGCGGGCGGCUGCGGCCCCUCCUCGGCGGGCCCCCCGGCCUCCUCGCCUUCCUCGCCGGGCUUCUCCCCUCCGGAGGGCGGCUUCGGCUGGGUGGUGGUCCUGGCCGCCACCUGGUGCAACGGCUCCAUCUUCGGGAUCCACAACUCCUUCGGGAUGCUCUACGUCCUCCUGCAGGACGAGCGGAAGGGCGGCGAGGAGAAGGACCCCGCGCUGGAGUACAAGACCGCCUUGGUCGGCUCCAUCGGCAUGGGCAUGGUCUUCCUUUGCUCUCCUGUCGUCAGUAUCUUCACCGACCGGAUCGGAUGCAGGACCACGGCGGCCUCCGGAGCAGCCAUUGCCUUCAUCGGACUCUUCUCCAGCUCCUUCACCAAGUCCCUGGAGGUGCGCUACUUCACCUACGGCGUGCUCUUUGGCUGCGGCAGCUCCUUCGCCUUCCAACCUUCGCUGGUCAUCCUGGGCCACUACUUCAAGCGCCGGCUGGGCCUGGCCAACGGCCUGGUGACGGCCGGCAGCUGCCUCUUCUCCAUGAGCCUGCCCUUCCUGCUCAAGAUCGUCGGCCAAGCCAUCGGCCUGUCCCACACCUUCCAGGUGCUCAGCGUCCUGAUGCUGGUGCAGAUCUUCUGGUCGCUCACCUUCCGGCCCAUGUUCCCCGCGGCCUCCGACCCCCACGACGUGGACCACCUCAAGCUGGACAGCCGCAGCUGCCGCCAGCAGUGUGCCUCCCAGAUGCGGAAGUACUUCAACAUGAGGGUCUUCCGCAAGAAGACCUACCGGGUCUGGGCUUUCGGCAUCGCCACCGCCGUCUUGGGAUACUUCGUCCCUUACACCUACCUGGUGAAGUACGUGGAGGAAAGGUUCAAGGAAAAGGACACGGCAUGGAUUGUGCUGCUUUGCUUGGGAGCCAUGUCUGGCGUUGGGCGCUUGGCUUCGGGACCCAUUGGAGACCUCAUCCACGGGCUGAAGAAGAUCUACUUGCAGGUUGCCUCCUUCAUCGUCUUGGGCAUCAUGUGCAUGAUGCUCCCACAGUGCCAAGAGUUCUGGGGUGUCAUCGUCGUCUGCCUCUUCCUUGGACUCUGCGAUGGGCUCUUCAUCACCAUCAUGGCGCCCAUCGCCUUUGAGUUGGUGGGCCCCAUGCAGGCGUCUCAAGCCAUUGGCUAUCUCCUUGGACUUAUGGCCAUUCCAAUGACGGCGGGUCCCCCAAUCGCAGGACUCCUCCGUGACCAUUUUGGGAAUUACCACUUCGCCUUCUACUUCGCCGGCAUCCCUCCGAUCAUCGGAGGCCUUGUCCUGGCCCUUGUCCCUCUGAUCCACCAACGGCAGCUCAAGAAGAAGCGUCUGGACUCUGGGAAGGACAAGAUGUUGGUGUCGGAGACGGUGCUGAAUGGGGAGCUCCUCCCCGGCUCUCCCGCCAUGGAGGCGCAUAUCUGAAGCCAUCCUCCUCAAAUCUCCUGAUGCCUUUUGGGCAGACAAACUCUUCUCACCACCAGCAGCACCUUCUGGUACUGGAUGAGCCCAGCCUUUCCUUAUGAGGAGCCGGACCUCUUUGAUCGCAGCUGGGGAGCGAGUGCCCGGUCGGUAACGGAUAGGCAACUUGGACUGGAAAGCUUGCUUUCAAGUUGAUUUGGAGAUUUGUACUUUUCCUCCAGCAGUAAGGAGCUUUGAUAGCACUCUAAUAGUUGGAUUAUAUUUCCUGCCAUGAUUUUAUUAAUGGACACAAACAAGCAGAUAAUCCAUAGCUGGCUACUUAAAGGUUUUUCAUAGAGAUUGUACUGGUUUUCUUGGGGUUCCCCUUUGUAUCCCCAGGGGGAAAAUAUACAAGAUUCUGUAAGUCAGUGUAGAUAUUAUUGCCUUGAGAGAAGAACUCCUUUGGGAGUUGAUUUUGUAGCAGCCAAAUUCUCAGUAUUUGUUUCAAAACGCUCAUGGAGGGACGGGCGAAAGAAAAAGAGCAGAAAGGGUGAAUUCAGAAUCAGAUUUUGCCCCUUUAUAACAUGUUUCUUUUUCUUUUUUUCCCCCCUCCUGACUUCCUUUGGAUUUUUUUUCCUUGCCUCUAAAACUGUGAUGAGUUACUUGGUUUUUAAAAUGCCAAGCUGCCAUGCAUUGUGAUUUCUGUACCUUUGUCUGCUAGAUGUAUCUCAAAAGGAAAACCAACCUUCUUCUUCCCGAUCCUCAGACCUCCUUUGGAGACGUUGCUCAUCUUAAGUCCCAAUAAUGCCGUAAUAAUGGCACCACCAUCCAUUGCAAAGUCCACCGAGAAGAGCGAUACUAUAAAGUUAUACCCAUUUGGCACCACGUUAACUUCCUUACAAAAUCCUAGGUCAUUUGGUGGCAAUCUAUUCUGGCUUCUCUUUUGGAGAGCUCUAGUUCUGCCCCCUUUGCUGUUCAAUACUAGACUCCCUGGCAGAAAAUCCUAAGGAUUUCUCUAUACAGCGAAUCCCAGGCUUCCGUGGGAUGUAGCCAUGGCAGUUGGAGUUGUAUCAUUCCUCUGUCCACGUAAUGAAAAUGGAUUUCAAGUCUAAACCCAAGGAGACUCACUUGACCCUCCAAAUCAUUUAACAGUGCCUUCUUCAGUUUGGCAAAAUGUCUUUUCUUGUUCUUUUUCAAGAUCUGUAGUUUCCAAGCCAUGUUUUUGAUGCUCAAAAGGCCAGAUAUUAUCACAGCAUGAGUUGGUUCUUCUUGGCCUUCCACCUAAACUAUCUGAGAUAGUUUCUGUAAGUCAUCUGAGAUAGCUUAGGUGGAAGAUAUCUUAGACAGUUUAGCUGGAAGAUAUCUGAAACAUCUUCCACCUAAACUGUUGAGCCUUUUUCCUGAUCGAGAUUCCGCGAUAUUUGUACGGACCCAGGUUUCUGGAUGAGGAUGGCUCAGUGUUAGAUGCUUCGAAAUCUACUGCCAUGGAAAGAAAGCCAACAACUCAAUCGCGUACGUGCAACACAUAGAAACUGGGUUGAUACUUUGUGCUCCUUAUUUGAAAGGCCAAACUCAACUUUUUCCCCUUUGAGUGACAUGUUUUCCCGUCUUUUUAGUGGCCAGGCUUCCAAGUUAAAGGUGUGUCUUGCAAAAUGCAACAUGCGGCUUCGGAAAAGGAUGUGCUAGGAUAGACCUACGUCUUUUACCACCCGAAUGAGCAGUUUUUCCAGAUACAACAAGGCCUUCCUAACAGUAUUAUCGACUUCGACCUGAUAAGCCUGAGGUUUAGUGUUACAGAGACCGAAAUUCAGUUUUCACUCCUGCCUAGAGUAGGUCCUUUUGAUCUAUAGAUCUUCCAUAUACGCUGGCUUAGCGAGUUCUUCUUAAUUCCAUAGGGCUAGUCUAGAUGGUGUGGACACACGGAUGCCACGAUUGCCUUGAAUUGGCAAGACUUGAGCGGAUCUGUUGAGGACUUUGUGACUUCAUGGUCCCUCCAAAUGUUUGCUUUGGGGGGGACUACAUCUCCCACAAUCCACUGGAUGGCAACUUGUGGGAGUUGUAGUCCCCCAAAAGGUAAAGGCUCCAAACUCUGAUGUCUUGGCUCAUAAUUUUGCGAGCAUAGAGUUCCUACAUGGAAGUCAUGGCAGGGAAUUGUUUUGGAAAGCAUUCCUCUCCUUGUAGGCCAUCAAUGUCCUAAAACUUCCUGGAUUUUGGACAAAUGAAGCUGAUCUCUGUACGAAGCUGGAUGCAAGUCUCUUCUCAAAUCCUAUGUAGGCUGUGAUUCCAUAGUAUUCAAUAUUUAGCCGGAGAAGGGUUGAUCGGAUAAUAUACAUGCCCAAGAAGAACCUUAACCUGAAGCAAGGUGACCUCUUCCAACUACUAUUUCCUGGUGUCUCUCUCUGUGUGUGUUUGUAUGCAUUUUUACUUCUGGCUCCCUAGUGUCUUUUUCAACUUGUGUGCAUCGUGGUAUAGGGACCAAAACCUACCCUAAUGGCGAUUUUUAGCCUUCGGGGGAUAUAUUCUUCGCUUCGAAGAGGAAAAAAUAGCCCUUGUUUGUUAAGUGCCUCAGAGUAGCCAGAAGGGUAGACGUGAUGCCAGAAAGGAUUGGCUUAACUAGAACUGCCUGCCGCCAUAUUUCCCCAGCGGACCAAACGUCAGCCCCGGAUUUAGCAAUUCCAUCUUUUUUGCUUGUUUUAGUCCCUCAGAAUUUCUUGUCUCGUUGUUUGUGCGUGGAUUUAUUCCAAGUGGCAUUUGGUGCCUCUUACAUUAGUGGGGUAGGGAAACCUAAUUUGGGUUUUUUGUCUGAAUGUUGAAGGAUGAACCUUAUCCCCCCCGAGGGGUGCAAAGCAUUGACGUUGGGGCUGAAUCACCAACCCAUUGACUCAGAAUCCAUUAACCACGACUGCCGUGGAAUGGUUGGGAUCCACACUCCUGCAGAUCAAUAGGAGACGAUCCCUAAAAAGUGCAAGCUGUAGCCAAGAAGACCUGACGAAUCCUUGGUUUCCUAAAAAAUUAGGCUGAUGUUCUACAUGAGCAGUUUUGUUAUAGAUUUCCUUUGCCCAAUUCAGCUGCUGGCUCUUAAGGUGGGCUUUUAUUGCGAAUGGACUUCCUUUGCCCAAUUCAACUUCUGGUUCUUAAGGUGGGCUUUUCAGGAUUAAUAGACCUCCUUUGCCCAAUCCAACUGCUGGCUCUUAAGGUGGGCUUUUCUGGGUGAAUAGACUUCUUUUGCCCAAUUCAACUCCUGGCUCUUAAGGUGGGCUUUUCAUGCCAAAUUGACUUCUUUUUCCCAAUCCAACUACUGGCGUUUGAAGUGAGCUUUUAGCGCCAAAUAGACUUCCUUUGCACAAUUCAACUGCUGGAUCUUAAGGUGGACUUUUAACACGAAAUAGACUUCCUUUCCCCAAUUCAACUGCUGGAUCUUAAGGUGCGCUUUUAGCAUUGAAUAGACUUCCUUUGCCCAAUUCAACUGCAAGAUCUUAAAGUCUUUUUUUAGCGUUUAAUAGACUUCCUUUGCCCAACCUAACUGCUGGCUCGUAAGGUGGGUUUUUCAGAAUGAAUAGACUUCCUUUGCCCAAUCCAACUGCUGGUUCUUAAGGUGGGCUUUUAAUGCCAAAUAGAUUUCCUUUUCCUAAUUCAACUGCUGGCUCUUAAGGUAGGUUUUCCAUGAUGAAUAGACUUCCUUUACCCAAUUCAACUGCUGGCUGUUAAGGUGGGUUUUUCAGAAUGAAUAGACUUCCUUUGCCCAAUUCAACUGCUGGUUCUUAAGGUGGGCUUUUAAUGCCAAAUAGAUUUCCUUUUCCUAAUUCAACUGCUGGCUCUUAAGGUAGGUUUUCCAUGAUGAAUAGACUUCCUUGACCCAAUUCAACUGCUGGCUCUUAGGGUGGGCUUUUCAGAAUGAAUAGACUUCCUUUGCCCAAUCCAACUGCUGGUUCUUAAGGUGGGCUUUUAAUGCCAAAUAGAUUUCCUUUUCCCAAUUCAACUGCUGGCUCUUAAGGUGGGUUUUCCAUGAUGAAUAGACUUCCUUGACCCAAUUCAACUGCUGGCUCUUAAGGUGGGGUUUCCAUGAUGAAUAGAUUUCCUUUGCCCAGUCCAACUGCUGGUUCUUAAGGUGGGCUUUUAGCACCAAAUAGACUACCUUUGCCCAAUCCAACUGCUGGCUCUUAAGGUGGGCUGUGGGGGUAUUUAAGUAUUCUUACUGCAAGACUGUAUACGCUUGCUAAGUACAGAGCAAAUGGCGAUCCGCGAGUGCAGUACAGAAUGUCAGCCAGGACUUUUUAAUGCAAUGACAUCCUGGUUUUAUGGAUUCGGCUCUUUCCCAUCGUCAACCUACCUUUGCAUAUCACAGCAAGCUCAUUUCAGGGAAACAAAACUUCUGCACAAGUUGACAGGGUUUGGUUCCCAUUGUUCCAAGAGGAAAUAAAUAUUUUAUAUACAUAUAAGUAGUCAAAAUAGCCAAUGCAGUAGCCUACCUAUAUGAUACACUUUACCCCUCUUCUCUGUUGUUCUCUUUGGGGCUGUUGAUGUUAUUCUUGUUCUUUGCUGGUUGUUUUCUUCUUUUCUGCUGAAAGAUGCUUUGGCGUUCUCCUUGGGGAUGGAGGCGGUCAAUGCUUUGCAUUCAUCUUUAAUAGACAAAAAAGGACAUGAGCUGGACAUUUUUUGAAUGAUUUCCUGAAGAAGCUGCCUAUCAAAUGCAUUCACCCACAACUUCCAUCACCUCCACCUUAAAGGGAUAUGCUUCUCUGUGGAGAUGUGAUUUGUAGUUCAACAUAUAAUAAUAAUAAUAAUAAUAAUAAUAAUAAUAAUAAUAAUAACAUAUUAUUAUUAUUUAUAGUCCAUCCUUCUCCUCAAAGGAACUCGAAGUGAAUUACAACAUAUAAACAAACAUUCAAUACGUUAAUAAUAAUAAUAAUAAUAAUAAUAAUAAUAAUAAUAAUGAUAAUAAUAAUAAAACUUUAUUUAUAUACCGCCCUAUCUCCCAGAUGGGACUCAGGGCGGUUUACAGUCAUAAAAGCAAACACAAACAUUACAUAACAACAUAAUACACAUUAUUAAACAAGUAAAACAAUACAAUUAUAACAAUAAAUCACACUUACAUGACCAGAUCAAGGGGACGGGAACCAUAAACCCAAUAUAUUAAAAUGUAUCAUUUUAGGCUAGGGAAAUCUUGUGCAAUAUAUUCAGGCCCAGAAAUCGGCGGUAGUCCAACGUUGUUACAAAUGGAAAUACAGUGAAACACAAAUACACAGACAAAGGCUUCUCCUUUCAUUUCCGGCUCUGGAAGCAGUGCUUAUUUCUGACUCCAAGCCCAGGAGCCUGCAUUGUCGUAGACACCUCCUGAUCGCGCCACCGGCAAGAUUGCUCGGAGCAUCUCUUUGCAUUUUCCCGCCGAAGCGGUACCUAUUGAUCUACUCACAUUGACAUGUUUUCGAACUGCUAGGUUGGCAGGAGCUGGGGCUAACAGCGGGAGCUUGCCCUGCCUCGCAGAUUCGAACUGCCAACCUUCUGGUCUGCAGUUCAGCAGCACAAGAAUGUAACCCAUUGCUCCACCCAUUGCGCCACUUCACUUAAUGGGGGCGGGAUAUUGCUCUAUAAUGCAGUACGGUGGUGGAGAAGCGUUCAAGCUUUUCCUAUCCCCCUCCCACCGCCUAAAAUGGGCAGGCUCCUCCAUGAUGCUUACAUAGUGCAAAUGUACACUCACAUAAGGCUGCUCUGCCGAUCUAUAUAUAUAAAAGAGUGAUGGAAUCCUGGCGACCGACAAAACAACAAAACUAAACACCCCACAACCUCGAAAAUUGACAGCACAACCCCUCAUCCACGCCUCUAGGGUGAUAAAACAAAAAGAAAAGAAAAAUAAAGUCCUAAUUAGAGGGAGAGCAACAUUUGUUUUUAUCCAAUUGCUGCCAGUUAGAAGGCUAAGCUCUGCCCACUUGGUCUCCUAGCAAUCCACUCAGCCCAGGGCACAGGCAGAGUUAGGCCUCACUUAGGCCUCUUCCACACUGCCUAUAAAAUACAGACACCACCAGACAACGCCACAGCAACGCGUGGCCGGGCACAGCUAGUGCUUACAUAGUGCAAAUGUACACUCACAUAAGGUUGCUCUGCCUUUUGAAUUGCAUCACGGUGCAACCUGGUGCAUAAAAUAAGUCCGAUAUUUCUUCAGAUCUUGUGGAAAAAGUGGCAUUUUGAAGGCAUCCGUUCAUCCUCCAAACGUGCGCAACUCCCAUUUCAGUGGACUGGUGCGACCAGAAUAUGGGAGGUUUAACCAUGAGCAAAACAAAGACAACGGCACAGGGAAGAGAAGCCAGAUAUGCAUCAAACGCCAGCAGCAUGCCAUUUAGGACGAAGGGCACUUAUUGGCGAAAAGAAUGAUUUGAUCACUGGGGACCAAGUGGAAAUUGGUGGCAAGAAAAAUAGUGCUUUAAGCAGGAACGGCUCAUUUAGUUUUUCGAUCAUUGCAAGAUGUUUGGUUCGGUUCCCAAUGGAAAUCCAUCCCGUUCCUGCCGUUAUUCUCGCCAAUGUGAUUGCAAGCAAAACAGGAGCCAUCGGGGCCAAACCAUGUUUUUCGUAGUCCUUCUUCCGGAGCAAAAUCAUUGUGAGCUGUACUUCCAAAACUAUCCCACUCUCUUCCCCAAAAUGUGCCAUGUCCCUUACUUUGGGAACCAAGCUAAGGAGAAUCGGCAUCACUUUCCCCACGUCCAUUGUUUCUAUGUGUCCUGCCCCCCAAAUGUGUCUUGUUAACACUAACUAUUUUAAUUCACUCGCAGGCCUGAGAUAUUUUAGCUUUGGGUUGCUGUGAGUUUUCCAGGCUGUCUGGCCAUGUCCCUGAAGCAUUCUCUCCUGAUGUUUUCGUGCUUAAUUUGUAAAGGUAAAGGUUUCCCCUGACAUUAAGUCCAAUCGUGACCGACUCUGGGGGUUGGUGCUCAUCUCCAUUUCUAAGCCAAAAGCCGGCGUUGUUCAUAGACACCUCCAAGGUCAUGUGGCCACUGGCAUGACUGCUUGGAGUGCCGUUACCUUCCCCCGGAGCAGUACCUAUUGAUCUACUCACAUUUGCAUGUUUUCGAACUGCUAGGUUGGCAGGAGCUGGGGCUAACAGUGGGAGCUUACUCCGCUCCCCGGAUUCGAACUGCCAACCUUUUAGUCAGCAAGUUCCAACAGCUCAGUGCUUUAACACACUGCGCCACCAGGGGCCCCAAAUUUGUAAAAUCAUAAGGAAAAGCCUAUUAAACAUCAAAUUAGGUUAUGAUUUUUUAAAAUUUGUAAAAUCAUAACCUAAUUUGAUGUUUAAUAGGCUUUUCCUUAAUCCCUCCUUAUUAUCCAAGAUAUUCACUUAUCCAAGCAUCUGCCGGCCCGUUUAGCUUGGAUAAGUGAGACUCUACUGUAUAUCAAGCCCACUUGCCUAGUUUCCAACAGACAUCACAACCUCUGAGGAUGCCUGCCAUGGAUGUGGGCGAAAUGUCAGGAGAGAAUGCUUCUGGAACAUGGCCAUACAGCUCAGAAAAUUCACAGCAACUCAGUGAUUCCAGCCAUGAAAGCCUUCAACAACAUAUUUUAGCAUUACCAUUGGCCAUGGUAGCUAGGGCGGAUGGGAGUUGCAGCCCAACGAUAUCUUCAAUUCCCAUUAUUAUUAUUAUUAUUAUUAUUAUUAUUAUUAUUAUCAUCAUCAUCAUCAUCGCUUCACUUCACUUUAUUUCUUAAUUAGUCACUCUCCACCAGAGUGCUCCGAGCGACUUACAAUUUAAAAUAUCAUUCCACAAUAUAAAAACAUUCAACAUAAAAACAUUCAACAGUGACUAUUUGGCAAAUUAGGUCUAAUUUACUUAAAUGCACAACCAAACAGCCAAGUCUUGAGCGCUUUUACAAAAGGUUGCAACUCCGACAUUGCUCUAAUAUACGGAGGCAAUGAGUUCCACAGAAUAUCGAGAAACGGCCCAUCUGAGAUCCUGAAAGUCAGCCUUUGCCACGAUAUGUAUUGUAUUUCAUGCAAAAGUAUAGAUUUUCCAUCGUGCUGUGCUUCCUGCUGUUUGCCAACCAUUGUUUGAUCCACAUUCUGGAUUUCUUUGAAAGAGCCAUCCAAUAUUUCCGAAUGAAUUCCUGCAGAAAGGGGAAUGGUGUGACCAAAAAUAUAUAUCUUUUUUCACAGCAGCACAUUCACACAAUAGAAUUAAAUACUAUUAAGACUAUUAAGAGAGACAAGCCAUAGACAAACGUCACCCCAAGGCUAAGAUGAACGGCACAUGGUGGUGGCUAAGAUCGAAGCGAAGUGAAAAUCUAUAUAUAUAAAAGAGUGAUGGCAUCACGGCAGCGGACAAAACAACAAAAGUAAACACCCCACAACCUCGAAAAUUGACAGCACAACCCCUCAUCCAUGCCUCUGGGUUGAUACAACAAAAAUAAAAGAAAAAUAAAGUCCUAAUUAGAGGGAGAGGAAUAAUUGUUUUUAUAUAUAAAAGAGUGAUGACAUCACGGCAGCGGACAAAACAACAAAAGUAAACACCCCACAACCUCGAAAAUUGACAGCACAACCCCUCAUCCAUGCCUCUAGGUUGAUACAACAAAAAGAAAAGAAAAAUAAAGUCCUAAUUAGAGGGAGAGGAAUAAUUGUUUUUUUAUCCAAUUGCUGCCAGUUAGAAGGCUAAGCUCUGUUCACUUGGUCCCCUAGCAACCCACUCAGCCCAGGGGACCCUUGACCUUAACUACCACCAAUUCCUCAAUACUUUAUUUCCCAUACCACCAGACUUCGCCACAGCAACGCGUGGCCGGGCACAGCUAGUAACAUAUAUAAGCCAGCGUUGUUUUGUUCCAACCACCACCCUUAAAGUACCCAUAAUAUUUCCUUGGGAAGAGCUGUUUGAACAGAAUAAAAUUCAAACGGCGUGCAUCGCUUUCUCGCCCUUCUUUCUGGUGUUUCUUUUCCAACCUUGUGUUGACAUUCCUCCUUCCCAAAAGCCUUUUUUUCCCCGGUCGCUUUCUGCAACUUUUUCUGCCUGCCAGGACAAUCAUUAUAUGUCAAAACGUCCAAUGUAAUUAAUUGUUCAUUGCUAUCGGUAAUUCUUCUGUGAUACGGAAUGAUAUGUUUUUGUACAGUUUCUUCCUUUCUUUUAUGUAGAUCUUGUGUAAAAGGGGGAGGGGAGAGUUAUUUUCCUGAUAUGUUUUAUCUUGAUCAUCACAGCUGGGGAUGAAAUAUAAUUUGUUAAGACUUUGA